ACUCCUCUUUCAGCUGGGAAAAGCCACCAUUUUCAUAUCCCUUUCUCAGAUCGUCGAUUUCUUCCAUCUCAUCUCUCUUUUCUAAUGGCGUCUUUCACGUCCGUAAACCAUCAUUCGUCUCUAUCUGGAGAUCCGAAGCUUUCGUCUGCUUUUUCCCGAAGAUCUGCUCUUUAUUCUGAGAUCCCAGCCGUUCGUCUUCCAACCGGCAAGAAAAGGGCCCCUUUGAAGACGAUGGCCGUCGCGAAAUUCAAAGGGACGCAGAUGAGGGAGAAGCAUCUGACGGAGAUGAUAGAGAAGAAGAUUCUGGAAGCGAAGGAGGUCUGCGAAGGGAACCAGGGCUCCGAUGAGUGCAAGGUCGCUUGGGACGAGGUCGAGGAAGUCAGCUGUGCAAAAGCUGAUCUUCGAAAGAAGAUGGAGAAGAAAGAUCCGCUGGAGUCGUUCUGCGAGGAGAAUCCGGAGACGGACGAGUGUCGGAUCUACGAGGAUUAAUACAUCUCAGCCGUUGAUUCUCCCCAAGGUCCGGUUCUUUCUUUUUCUUUUUCCCUAACGGGCUGUAAAUCUGCGCGUUGGUUUAUGCGUGCUGCUGCUGUGUGUUGGCUGUUUUCUUAUUACCCCAGACGUUUAGUAGGAAUCCUGAAAUGGGCCACGGAAGAUGGAGAGAUCUUGGCCAUUGAUUUCUCGUGUAGACAACUAAAUAUUAUAUUCGUUCUUCUGUGCUUGAUUAAUUAGUUAAUAAUAAAGAUUAUCCGUUGUUGUGUA